UUAUAAUAUAUUUUUAUGUUUAGCUCAUAAAAAUGUAAGAGCAAUCUGGACACAUGGUGGUCUUCUGAGUGCGCAGGAAGCUAUUUGGAAAGGCGUACCAAUGAUCGUAAUGCCUUUCUUUGGAGAUCAAAAAUCCAACACAAGAAUAUUAGUAGCUAAAGGCGUUGCCAUAUACUUGGACAUUACAACUUUGUCCACGCAGUCGAUAUUACACGCAGUUGAAGAAAUACUUUAUAAUGAAAGUUAUACGAGAAACAUGAAACGGUUAUCCAGCGAAUUCCGGGAUCGGCCAAUACCGCCAUUAGAUUUAGCUGUUUGGAGUGUUGAAUACACCGUCCGCCAUCCAAAUGGAACUUUAGUAACACCGCUGAGAUCUCAGAGCUGGAUGGAACGAAAUCUGAUUGAUGUUUACGCAUUUUUAUUUCUUAGUUUCUUCAUAAUAUUGUUAAGUAUAUUCUUUGUAAUAAAACUAUUGAUUAAUCUUUAUUAUAAUUAUGUGUACACUGCAUCUAAUUUACGCAAGAGUAAACAAGCGUAAGUCGCAUUAAAAUGUAUUAACAGGCUUUGCGUGCUGUAUAUAAUGUUAAUGUAAAGAAGUGAAUAUAGCAUAAAUAUCGAAAAUGUUGUAUUAAUUGCAUUGAUAUUGUAAUUAAUAAUAAAUUUUGUUAUACUAAAUUGUAAAAAAAAAAUGAAGAUCAUGGUAAAUUUUAAAAACGUUUAAUAAAACAGUUUUGAUGUAUAAAAGCUCUUUUCUGAUGACAAUAAAUAAAAUAACACA